UAUAAUCUGACGUCAUUGAAUCCAGCCGCCAUAUUUCCUACGCUGGUCCGUUACUCGAGCCUGAGCGAAAGGAUUGGUUUUAAUUUUUUUUACAUAUUUUUUUUCCUCCUCGCUGCUCGCUAUGAUGAACUUGAUGUCCAGUUACGACCAACAUGUCGGAAAACCAGACCAAUCUGAUUAUCAACUACCUGCCCCAGACCCUGACUGAUGCAGAAUUCCACUCUAUGUUUGCCUCCAUUGGCAAUAUUAAAACAUGCAAGAUCGUCCGUGACAAGGCCUCUAACUACAGCUAUGGUUUCGGCUUUGUCGAUUAUCAGACACCAGAGGAUGCUCAGCGUGCUAUACAGUCCCUGAAUGGCCUUCAACUCCAAAAUAAAUACAUCAAGGUGGCCUUGGCUCGGCCUGGGGGUGACAGCAUCAAGGGAGCUAACUUGUAUGUCAGGAACAUUCCACGUGAUUUCUCCGCUGGGGAUCUGGAGAGUGUGUUUAAAUGUUACGGUGAGAUUAUCCAAUGUCGUGUUCUAACUGACCAAGAUACUGGCAAUUCUAAAGGUGUAGGCUUCAUACUGUUCAGUCAAAAGUCUUCAGCAGAUAAUGCGUUGGCAGAAAAAAAUGGAGUGCCCAUUCGGGAGGGGGAUUUACCUUUGAUGAUCAAAUAUGCAGAGGACAAUGCACAGAAAGUUCGGCCACCAAUUCAACCCAUGUAUCCAGCUGGCCCAAGGGGUUUCCCUGGUGGUCCAAUGCGCAACAUGCAAAAUCGCUCGCGUUAUAAUCCAAUGACUGGUGGGGGCUAUGGAAGCCCAGGCAAUGGCAUGGAUCCCCAUGAGGGAUAUGUUCUGUUUGCGUAUAACAUUGGGCCAGAGACCAAUGAAAAGAAUCUAUGGGCUCUCUUCUCUCGUUAUGGUGUCGUACAAAAAGUGAAUGUUAUUUACGACCACCAGAAGGGCCUGACAAAGAACUAUGGUUUUGUCACCAUGGCAAAUUACAAUGCAGCUCAAAUGGCCGUCAAUUGUUUAAAUGGUUACAAGUAUUAUAAGGGGAAGCCACUCUCGGUGUCUUUCAAAAAUUAAAUCUGAACACUUUUUCUCGAACUUUUCAAUUUUUUGGGGUUUUUUUUCGUUUUAAUAAGAUCUACAAUAUUCCAUCACAUAAUUCAUGAUCCACAUGCAGUCCAGCAAUUCAUGUCUCUCAUCAGAGUGCUUUUUGUUUUGGACCUCCAUGGAUUUUUUACUCUCUCUUUUAUAAUUCAUUAUUCAUAUAAACUAAAGUAUAUAACUUGACCUAAAUGUCAUAAAAUGUGGGGUAAUUGAAAUUGCAUUUGUUUGAUUGCCAGUUAAAUGAAUCAUUGCAUUUAGAUAUGGAUAUCAAUUUAGGUGUUAUUUGAGUAAUGUAAAAAGACAUUGUCAGGUCGGUGUAUAAAGCGACAUUACGUUUUUCACUAUUCCUGGUGUACUGAGAAUGUUCUGAUCAGUUAAAAUGGCAUAAGACAAUAUAAAAAAUAUGUAAUUCUUUGAAACAUGUUCAAUUGUUGGAAAAUACUGAUAAUAGUAUUAAUACAAGGUGCUUCCUAGGUCUAGAAAGUCCCUUAUAGGGCUUUUCCUGUAAAAUAACUUGCUAACAGGAGGACUCCAGAUUUGUCAAACUGGAACCACCUACAAAAAGACUGAUCAAAAUAUAUACCAUAUGAUCAUGAGCCACUUUUUCCAGCACCCAUCAUCAGGGCUCAAAGUGGAUAUUUUUACCAGGUGGCCUAUUUGGCUCUCGAGUUAUAAGUUCUAGGCACCAAUUGGAAAAAGUAGCCGUCUAGCCUAUAGCUAGUUGUCUUGAAUUUAUGAAAUAAAAUCUUUUAAUUCUUUAGAUCAGUAUAACAUCUCUUUAACUUUUUCUAUUGUGAACAUCAUUUAAGCAUCGACUGCAGCCUUUGAAAGAUUUUUUUAGUGGCCAAGCAGGCGCCUUAUAGGUCAAUAACUGGUCACCACUUGAUGUAAAUAGGCGCCACUUUGAGCCCUGAAUUCAUGCAUAUGAUUAUUUCUGGCGUCCUCCCAUUGGAUAUGUAUUUCAUUGGAAUAAUUCUUAUUUACAGUUCAUCUGUUUCAAUUCAAUUGGAUAGUUUUGCUUUGCAAGGCAUGAAACAAAUUUUCAAUGUAGAAAUGAACAUUGAUAAGAAUAUUCCGUCGUUUUGUAAUGCAGAGUUAUGUGCUCUUGUGAGCAGGUAUUGCUUGUUAUGUUGCUAGUUUGUGUGAGAAAGUUAUAAACGAUUUUACUCUCACAAACAAGUGAUGUAACAAAUACCUGCGCAAAAGAGCAGAUCUCGCUGCAUUAUGAAAAGACAGAAUAUUAUGAUGCAAAGAUGUUGACAAAUAUUGCCAAAAUCAUUAAAUGUAGUUCGUGGAAUCAAUGGAAAACUAAACUUGACAGCCAUAUUACUGUUUGGAAAACUAAGUUCUGGAAACAAUUUGUCUAUUAGUCCCUUCUGCCCCUUGUCUUCAAUAAGUGCAGACUUUAAUUCACAAUUUCCUACCUUUGAUAAUUUUGGCCUACAAAUUUUGUAAGUAAUAUUUAGUUAAUCAUCUGCUACAAUCUACAUGCAUUAUUGAGAAUAACGAGAUGUGUUGCCCAUCCAGGGAGCUCUGUUCUACAAAUAUAUACCAGUAUUAUUGUCUAGUUAUCAGAAUGUGGGAUGACGAGUUGAGGUAACAAUUAUUAUCUUGUUAAAUUAUAACCUUUGCAUUAAACAAAUGCACCCUGCAAGUUACAAGAGUUUGAAUAUAUGUGAAACCUUUACUGAAAAUGUUCAUGAUAACAAACAAGUUUCAUGUGUACUUUUCUGACAUUUCAAUUUUCAACCCAUCAAAAUCGAUCGUAUUUGACUGGUAUUGCUAAAAUAAUCGGUGGAGUGGGGCAAAAGGUAAAAUGAGUUAAUUAUAAGAUGUUGGAUAAAUAUACUCUAAUAUGAGCUACAUCUAAUCAUUAAAUAGUAAAUAUUUAUAUGUUGUACAAAGUACAUCAAAUGUAAUUUUGUGUUGUCUUAAUCAAUUAUCAAAGUCAUAUCCUCAUCACCAUCAAAGUCAUAUCCUCAUCACCAUGUUUUUAAAACAAAUAUUACCUGUUGGAAAUUAACUGAACUUUAAAAAUAUUUUGCUUUGUUGCAUUUUCACUUCCUUUUCCUUAAAAUUUAUCUUGUAAUGGAAAUGAUAGGUGUAUGUUUUAUUGAUCAAAUUAUACCUAACCCUUAAGUUAUAAUACACUUGAGCCAAUUUUACAAAAAAAAUGAAGUAAAACCGAAUUCAGCAUUUUCGGUUCAUUUCAUUUAGUUUUAUGUGAUCGGUUGAAAUGCAGUUCAGUAGAAAACUUUUUUUAUGAAAAAGGGCAUUAUUGCAGUUUUAUAGUAUGAACUACUUGAACUUCAAUACUGAUUUAUAUGCAUACCAUUUUUUUUUUAAUUUUUUUUUUUUUUUUUUGUAUAGACUUAGAAAAAAUCCAAUAUUUUUGGUAUAGUCUUAGAUGUAUAGUUUUUGUGUGUGAAGAGGCUUACAAUUCCUAAAUGUAUACAAUCAUGUACUGAAUAAUAAAUUUAAAUAAACUGGAAAAUCCAGACCAUCCCCUGAAUAAACAGAAAUGCAAGACUUUUACUAUUAUGUCAUUUUUGAAUUAAGGUUUUCAUACAGGUACUGUUCUGGCUCAUAUUAACGUUUAUAUACAUGGUUAUUCAAUGCAAACUUUCAUCGUCACAUUUAUUUAGCAGUUCCUUGCAUGCUACAGAAACCAUACAGUUAUACCAUGGCCAGACCUGGUUGGCUAUGACUACUAGUACAUGUUGUACUUAAAUUUCUGUUUACAAGUAUUCCUUUCAUGUGAUGAUCUGAUGCCAGAAUUGUUUUGUGUGGGCUAAUUAUGAAAUAAAGACAGGAAACUUUCCUCAAACUUUUACCAAAUGGUAUAUAUGUAUGAGGAUCCUUUUGAAUUUCUGUAUAACAUGUUUCAAUUUUCAUUUUCAAGUACACUGUAUUUUCAAUAAAUAACUUGAAUGAUUGGAUCUGAAACAAAACAGUUUCUGAUGAAAGCAAUAAAAACAAAUUUUUUGUGUAAUUGUCUUCAUACAUGUGCUACAUAUAAUCAACUUUUCAAACAAAAUUCAAAUUGUUUAUCCUAAAUAUCGUAAACCAUCCAUGGUCUUAAUCAUUUGAGUAAACACCCCAGCAGUUUCUUUGUAAACAUUUAUUCAAAAUAAUGUAAGGUAUGCUAUGUGUGAGAAUCCAGCCAGUUCUUUAACACUGUAUUAAAUAUGUGUAUAAUGUUAAGAUUAUAAUUGCAUAUAUAUGGACUGGCAAGAGGUAUGCAGGUCGCAUCCUACCAGCUCCAGUCUGCGAAACUGGUUCAAAAUACUGUUUGUUGUUGAAUUUGUAUUUCUUGUAGAAGUUGAAGAAUGUUAAUAAAAACGAUACAGAAAAUUGAA